AGAUUAGCAGUGCUACUCCUAGCCUUGUUUCAAAAUCCAUGGAAUUUUUAUACCCCAGUGUCUUUGGUAGUUGAUUGCGUCAUCAGUUGGCAAGAUUCUUGGACAACUUUAUUUCCUGUCAUUUGCAGUUACUUACUUGUUGUGCUUGGAUUCUUUUUGAUUAAUAGGAAACUACAUCUGAUUUCAAUAUCUGCAUUAUUGGCAAAUAUGGAAAAGUCAAUCAUAGUUGGAGUUAUCAUUAUAAGCGGUGCUGCGCUUUCAUUAUACAACCCACAGCAAUUAAGUUAUAGUAUGAUGGGAGUAAAUGUGGCUACUAUAUUCGUGACUAUAAUUUCAUUAUCACAGUUUCAAAUGAGAGAUAGCUUUAUAUCACCAUUAUUCGUGUCUAUUCUUUCCAUCAUAUUAGAAUAUAUUGUCAUUGAAAUGUCACCUUCUCCAGUUCAAUUCUUGUAUUCGUUUAGAUCGAAAUCGUUGGGACUACUUUCGGAUUCUUUGCACAUGGCUUUGGAUUGUAUGUCACUUGCAAUUGGCCUUGUUGCUGGUGUGAUUGCAAAACAUGAAAUUGACCCUAAUGGAAAGUAUCCAUUUGGAUUACGUAAUUUUGAAAUUUUAGCAGGCUUUACCAACGGUUCACUCUUGGUUGGAAUCAGUGGAACCAUCAUGUUUGAAGCUAUCGGAAGGUUAUUAAAUCCAGUCCAUUUACAAAAGACGAAUGAAUUGAUUGUUGUUUCUGUAAUGGGUCUUUUGGUUAACUUGGUGGGUAUCUUUGCAUUCAAUCAUGGCCAUGCACAUGGCCAUGGACAUUCUCAUGGACAUUCACAUUCACAUGCACCUGUUGUGGAAAGUGAGCAUGAACAUGAACAUGAACAUAAACAUAACCAUUCACAUGAAACUCAACACCUGCAUUCACACUCACAUUCCCAUCCUCAUGACGACGAACAUAUGAAUGAUAACAUGCGUGGGAUCUUUCUUCAUAUAAUGGCAGAUGCUCUUGGCUCAGUAGGGGUGGUGAUAUCCACCAUAUUAACCAAGCUUUUCGAUUGGCAGGGUUUUGACCCAAUAUCAUCCAUAAUCAUCGCCAUGGCAAUUUUCGUGUCUGCAGUACCGUUGAUUAAAUCAACUGCAUCCACACUUUUAUUACAAAUUACCAAAACCAGAGAAGAUAAAAUAAGGAAUGUGCUUCGUGAAAUUUCCGAGAUUAGAGGAGUCAGGUCAUUUGCCAGCCCUAGAUUCUGGCCCAAUCUGAGUAAUUCAAUCAGUGGGUAUAUCCACAUCCAGAUUUAUCGAGGAGAAAAUGGAUCCUUCAUUAAGAGACAAUGUGAAAAGAUUUUCAAGAAUGCGGAUAUCGAUGUGAUGAUCCAGAUAGAAAAUGAUUAUGAUGAUUGUUGGUGUCGUAAGUAAUAAGUUUGCAGCUAACUAACUAAUAUAUAUAUAUAAUGAUAUU